AAACAUGGCGGAGAAAAAGCCGAGCGCAGAGGGCCUGGUGUCUAACAUCCAUAAGAAGAUCCGAGCAGCUUUUGAGUCGUUUGACCAUAAUUCCAACAACACUGUAGAUGUCCGGGAGAUUGACACCAUCAUCUAUUCCCUUGGCUGCUUCCCCACUAAAGCAGAUCUACAUGACUUCAUAGCUGAGGUGGAAGAGGACCAGACAGGAUAUAUCCAUUUGGAGAGGUUCCUCCCAGUCAUGACGAAAGUCUUGUUAGAGCGCAAGUUUCCUCCUAUCCGUGAAGAAAAGAUUCUCCAGGCCUUUGAGGUUCUGGACAAACAAAAGAAAGGAUACUUGGAGCCUGAGGAGCUGACAAAAUACAUGACAGAGGAAGGUGAACCCUUCACUCAGGAGGAGAUGGAUGAGAUGCUGACAGCACUCGCUGAUAGUGAGAAGAACUUAAUCUACUACAAAGACAUCCUCUACCAGCUGACUAUAGACCCUGAGAAGUAAAGAGUAUAUGUCUAUGAGUGUAUUACGAAAGAUUUGUCAUAAAACUCUUUGUGUUCAGCAGUGCAUACAGCCUCUGCAUCUCUGUAGCCACUCCAUUAGAAGCAGUAUUGUAUACCACUGUCUUAGAGGUAGUACAGUCUCCACCUGGAUUUGAAUAAGCAAACACUUAAGAGCCUUCCAUUGGAUAUUUACUGCGCUGACUAAUAUGUUUCAGCUGAGGCAAGUUAUCUGACCCUCAACUGAUGCGGUUAGCACCUUCUCAUUUUUAAAAUAACCAUCAAUUUAAUAAAGAGUAUAAAAAUUGGAGAAUAUUGAAAUUCAUCAGGCUCAUCUAGCUUGUGAAGUAGUUCAGAAAGCAUGGGAAAUCAGUUCUCCAUCCUCUAUAUAAGAUCGUGGCCAAUACCUAAUGUAACUAUGGGCAGAAAUAAAUGUUGAUAUUCAUUACGUAAGCUUCGUGUAGCAUAACAAUGCAGCCAAUGCAACCUGUAAUCAAACCUAAAGGUGGUCUGAGAAAAUAUUGUGUGGGACUUUUUUUGGCC